CAAGUCCCGCCCCGCAGGCGGCACCGGAAGUGGCAGGCCGGGAUCAGCCUUUAAGAUGGCGUCUCCUCAGGGGGGCCAGAUUGCGAUCGCGAUGAGGCUUCGGAACCAGCUCCAGUCAGUGUACAAGAUGGACCCGCUACGGAACGAGGAGGAGGUCCGAGUAAAGAUCAAAGACCUGAAUGAGCACAUCGUUUGCUGUUUGUGCGCUGGCUACUUCGUGGAUGCCACCACCAUCACAGAGUGUCUUCAUACUUUCUGCAAGAGUUGUAUUGUGAAGUAUCUCCAAACCAGCAAGUAUUGCCCCAUGUGCAACAUCAAGAUCCAUGAGACACAGCCGCUGCUCAACCUCAAACUGGACCGGGUCAUGCAGGACAUCGUGUACAAGCUAGUGCCCGGCUUGCAAGACAGUGAAGAGAAACGUAUUCGAGAAUUCUACCAGUCCCGAGGGUUGGACCGAGUCACCCAGCCCAGCGGGGAAGAGCCAGCCCUGAGCAACCUCGGCCUCCCCUUCAGCAGCUUCGACCAUUCUAAAGCCCACUACUAUCGCUAUGAUGAGCAGCUGAGCCUGUGCCUAGAGCGGCUGAGUUCUGGCAAAGACAAGAAUAAAAGUAUCCUGCAGAACAAAUAUGUCCGAUGUUCUGUUAGAGCUGAGGUUCGCCAUCUCCGGAGGGUCCUAUGUCAUCGGUUGAUGCUAAAUCCCCAGCAUGUGCAGCUCCUUUUUGACAAUGAAGUUCUCCCUGAUCACAUGACCAUGAAGCAGAUAUGGCUCUCCCGCUGGUUCGGCAAGAAAUCUUCUGAAUGUCAUCAAGAAGGAGGUCCCUCAAUGAAUGACCAAAGGAGAGGGGUAGAGGACCCUACACAUGUAAAACUCAGAAGGUGAGCUAAGUGAAGCCAGACCACCCACACCAGCUCUUUUGGUGAAGGAAAGUUUUUCUGGAGGGGAGUUCUCACUGUCCUUGAAUGUUACAACAUAUGAUGGAGGCCUGAGUGGAGGUGUCCUAAUUCAAGAGUGGUGAGAGUAGGGCUUGGGUUGGAUAGUGGCCACUGCAGGACUGAAGAAGAGUAAUAUUUUAAAGAAAAAUCCAAAGAAUUGCACCAUUGAGAGGAGUCUAAAAAAAUUGGGGGGCAUGGGACAUAGAUGAAUAUAUAGUUGGAGGCCUGGCUGUCUAUACAAGAUUCAUCAGAAAAAAAAAAAUUCAGUGGGUCUUCAAGUACUUGGACUAGGGUGAAACCAGGCUUGGGAGAGGGUAGAGCAGGAAAGGGAGCUGGUGCCCAGGAGAGCAAAGCCAACUCGAACAAGAGGGAGGCCGCAAGGUUAGCGGUCCACUGAGUAAUUCAGUAAACAUUCCUUGUCUGUAUAAGCCCAGCCAUGAACGCUGGGCUCCGGAAAGAAACCCAGCCAGUGUCCCUAUUCUGUGGGCCUCUAAGUGGUGUAGCCAGAAACUUGCCUAACUGGGACAGUAACAGGGAGGCUAGAGGCGAAAUCUAGGAAAUGAAGGGGCUGGGACAAGCAGGACGGAGCAGGCAGCAUAAAUGUUGCUAGAACCCAAGUUUAAAGUGUAAAUCUCCUGCUGGCUAAGAUCUGAUUCCGUGAAUUCAAGGGGAUCCUUGUGCAUACCUGGUGAGGGCUGAAGGCUCUGAGCUUCCAUGGAUGAAGAUCUGAUGGCAGAGGACUUGGGGGAUGGGUAUACUAAAGGCAGCCCCCCUCCAGUGUGCUGGGCUGGCAACAGGAACUGGGAUAGGGACAUCAAAUUGCCACUGGCAUGGGUAGGAUGCACAUCUGCAAGAUUCCGAAAACUUCCCACGUCUUUGGGCCUAACGCCUGGAAUGCCUCUAUCCCCAUACUCAGCUGUCCUUAAAGGCCUAAGUGUCACCUUCUCCAGGAAACCUCUCAGAAUCAGGGUUUUACCACCUCUGGGCCUGUCUCUUACACCAGCAUAUAUCUCAAGGUUUUACGUUAAUUCUGUCAUUCCCCGGGUUUCCCACUCUUCUCCCUGAAUUUAAUCUCUGGGGACUCGGGCCCAUCAGAGCACUCCACACUAAAGCUGUUCUCAAGGCAGUUAGUGUGUGAAAGGGCAUUUCUGAAAAGUGACUCCAGAGGGAGAGGUGUGGGCUAGGGGAAAGGAGAGUAGAAAUGCCUCUGGGGACUUUUGGUAGCCUAGGCAGCUGCAGGACCUGAGGAGUAUUCUGAUUGGGGCUUGGCAUCCAAGAAGCCCAGCCAGAAGAUAAGGCUGCCCGAAGACCCAAGACCUAAGAACCAAGCCUGGGGAUGGGGGCUUGGAGGACACAUGGCUUGUUGGCAGGGAGUAGCCAAAGGCGCUCAAGCUGGGAUCUGGGGUAGAGCAGCUGCCCUGCCUUGGCCCCAGUCCAGCCUAGCCUUCUUGUCUGUAAGCAGCGAUGCAUCUCCUGAGGUCACUGGUGCAGGCCAGCUGUGGGCUUUGCCUCAUUCUCCCGCAAUCUGUGGAUCCAUUACCACCUUCCCUGGCUUGUCCCACACAGACCCUGUCCCCCCGGGUCACUUAGGUAUCGCUCUGCGCCAGGUAGGGCCGAUCAAGCCCCAGAUUCUCUUGGGCUCCACGACGGAGCAGGUGCCUAGCCGGCCCUCUCCCGAGCGCCCUUGACCUCGCAGGGCUUCCAGGUGUUGGCAUCAAUCCUUACCUGCAGGACCACACCCACCGGUGCCCAAGGCACACGUUCUUGCCUAGCCACUUCUGUCCACACUCACCUAGGGGAGGAGGUGCCAUGAUUUGCCCCCGCCUUUGGCACAAAGGGAGACGAUUCCUCUCAGCCCGGCCAGUCUAUCCCAGGGCUGGGGUGGGAGUUGAGGAGAUAGAGACAAUGGACUUCCCUGGGACAGUGAGUAUCAAGGUGUAUUUAAACGAGGGAGGGGCUAUGAGUAUUUGGCUCCUCCCCCAGCUAGCUCGCACAUGCUAGACUGAGGAGGUUGAGCAGAGUUCUGUGAACCAGCGUAAGGGUCUGGGAAGAACUCACAGACACGAGGCUUUAGAAGUAACAAAACUAAAAUUUCAAUAUAUGAAGCAGUUCAGUCUGCAGUAAUGUUCUCUGAAAGAAAAAACAAUCCCAGAAGUAUGCAAGAUAGACAGAUGCCCUGCCCCUCACUCCUCGGCCUGGAGUUUCCUCCCUGAACUCCUGCUUCCCCACUUCCCCGUCAGGCUGGUUAAUGGAUAUUGCGGGCGUGGUGGGGGCAGGAGGUUGGAGGGUGGCAAGCACAUCUCUGAGUCUGUCCUUCACUGUGCACUGCUGGAAGGCGGUUAUUCUGAGGAUCCCCCAGUCGCUCCCACACACUCUCAGAAUUCAGAGAAAUGCGAGGGGUGGGAAACAUGGAGACUAAAGUCAUUUAUUGAGCCGAUCUGGUAUCAAGAAGAGGGGUUGAUCUGGGACAGACCUGUAUGAUGUCAGGGAAUGAGAGGUAAGGUGGGGGUGAUAAGAAAAGAGAAUAGGUGGAUAAGAUGGUGGGAUGAGGAAUGGAAAUCUGAAGGGGAGUAAUGAAGGAAAGUAUGAGAAAGCAUCGUUGUUAGGGAAUUGAGACCCAUUCCUGAGGGAGUGAAAGUCGGAAUGUGGGGAUUUCUACAAGGGGAGGGAGCUGAGGGCCCCCAGGUGUCUGAAAGGGACAGUGUGGGGAAUCUGAGGAAGACUUGAAGGAUUACUUGAGAAUGCUGGGAGGGAAAAACAAGAGGGGUCGGGGGGGUGGGCAACGGUGAAUGAUUAUGUCUGUGGAUCGCUCUGGGACUGAUCUAAAGCAGGGAGGGUUGGACCAUGGUGGGGGGAGGAAGAGGUUCACGGUUCACAUCACAGAGCACUAGAGACUGUCGGGGGCAGGGGCUCUAAGCUCAGGUAGGGGGAAGCCUGUAAAACAGCUGAGCGACCCCCUCUACACACACACACCCCCCAGGCCCAAAACCCAGGUUUAAUCUCUUAAUCUCCCUCAUUAAUCACUCGCCCUCUUCCUACCCCCUCCGAGGAUCUGGUUUCUCACCAUCUCAGGUUCCAGAGGCUUCGCUAGAAAAAGUCCCCUCCUGUGGCCCCACAGUCGUCUGGAAAAGUCCUUGGCUGCUGGGAAGACCUUAGCUGGGCUCUGCUGUCAACAGCUUCCUCCCAUUACUAGUCUCUCCUUCCCUCUCCUCCCCCAAACUCACAUCUGGGGAUCACCUAACCCCAUUACCUGAGCCUGGUUACAGAGGGAAGAAGGUAGGCAGGAGAGAUGGAAGUGGAGGAAGGCAAAGGCCCUUCAGGAGAGCCCCACACUCCCCACAGACACACACUAGUAAUUGAGAGCAGAAGAGGUGACAUAAAAGCUACAUAGACGAUG